AGUUCUGGACAUACUCUCCCUUUGAUAAUAACCAGUGAAAACCUUAUCCAACAUGCGAUUUCUGGAGAAAUCUAGAAAUAUGAAACCCAUUCCACCCUCCAAAUCCUUCUCCAGAAAUUUCCACUCUUCUCUUUAAAAAUGGAUUGAAAUUCUAUUGAACCUCAAAUUUUCUCGCGUAAUUUCUCCUCCAACCAAACAAAGCCCAAAAGAGAAAGUAAAACAGCGACACUUUCCAAGUGAAAAUGGCUCAAGCGUUUUCAAAUCUAAGCGUCUCUAUCCCUUUUCCUUCAUCGAAUAGAGCCAGCAGCAAUGCUUGUCGUCUUCUUCCCCGGAGAUGUUUCGGUUGUAAGAGAAACAGCAUCACGGCCAUGGCGGCAGCGGGGGAGGGCAGAGACAACCUUGAUCACUUGCAGAGAGUUACUAAAGAAGAUCGUAGCUCCCAAUAUAACAGGAAAAGGGUUGGCCCUGUUGCACCAGUAGGCUUAUGGGACAGGUUCCCAACAGCAAGAACAGUACAACAAAUGAUGGAAACAAUGGAGAGAAUAAUGGAAGACCCUUUCGCAUACUCCGGCACUUGGCCAUCGCCAUUACCGACCGAAACCGACGGCUAUAGCCGAGGCCGAACACCGUGGGAGAUCAUAGAAGGAGACGGUGAGUACAAAAUGCGGUUCGACAUGCCGGGGAUGACCAGAGACGACGUUAAAGUUUGGGUCGAAGAUAAAAUGUUGGUCGUAAAAGCCGAGAAAAAGUUGAAUAAGAAGAACGCUAAUGGCGGAAUUGGCCGUGGCGGCGAAUACGAAGAUGAUGAAUGGUCCGCAAAAAGCUAUGGGAAAUAUAGUAGUAGGAUUGCAUUGCCUGAAAAUGUUGUGUUUGAGAAAAUUACAGCUGAGGUAAAAGAUGGGGUCCUGUAUAUAAAUAUCCCAAAAGGUGAUAAUAACGGUAGGGUUUUGGAUAUUAAUGUAGAAUGAUUUUAUAAAUAUAAUUUUCCACAAUUAGAUUUA